CUUUUCUCUCCUUCUCUUCCCUGCGUCUAAGAAUUAUGGCUUCAGUUUGGCCCCCGGCCAUGGAUCACAGUCAUUUUCAUCCCAUAUCUUUUUCCACACUCAGUUGAGUUCACCAUCGACAACACCAUAAUAUAUACCUCUGCUAUGUAAUCAUGGGCAAAGACAACCCCCAAGCCAAGCAAAGGGCCCCGACCCUCACCGAAACCCUAGACUUCAUCGAACAAACCUACAAAGAAUCGAAGUUGAUUAUCGUCGGCUGUCUAGCAUCGUGGACCCUCUGUCGACUAAACUUCCGCUUCGUUUGGCUACUCAUUAUCCUAGCCGUAUGCCGCACGCACUACCAAGUGUCCAUCCGACGAAUCGAGCGCGCCAUCCGAGAUGAGCUCCGUCGAUACCAUGCACAGAAAGUUUUACAGCAUGGCGAAAGCGUAGAAUGGAUAAACGAAGCCUUAGGUCGAGCAUGGCACCUCUACCAACGCCAGAUCUGCAAACAGAUCGUUCAAUACGUCAACGCCGGACUGGCCCAACGCAGCGAAGACUCCUCUCCCCAGAAACUGGUCAUCCACUCCCUGGCUGUAGUAGACCAGCCGCUGCGAUUUACCAAAGUGACGACCUACUCCAAGCCCCAGUCGCGCAAUUUGAUCUUCGAAGGACACUUCCGCAUCGAUCUCCGUCCACCGCAGGACCAGCGAAUGCAUCUGCUGGACCUGGUACACACUGAUGAGCCGCUCAUCGACUUGGCCAUCGUGCAUGAAAAGCCAGACCGCAAGAACCACGAUCUCGUAGUACAUGUGAGACAGGUGACAGGGACCGGGAUAGUACGGUUAGAAAUCGACCUCGAGAGUCUGGAGCCACAUAUUCUACAGCCGCAAAUUGAGCUACAGGACCAUCCACAUAUCGACUGUACCAUCCGGACAGUGAGUCAGCAUCAUUUUCCUUUUCACUUUGCGCAUCACAUCGACUGGCGGAGGGCCGUGGAGAAGCAAAUUCGUGAGGGGCUGGGAUGGGCUUUCCACCGACCCUUACCGCUUCCGUUCCAUUUUCUAGGCGAGAAAUUCUUGGUCAAGAUGAUGACGUGGUGGUGGCAGCUGUGUCGGGCGGUUCAUGAUUAGUCGUUGGUAAUGAAUAAUGAAUUAUUGAUAUCCUCCAUGGGGAGAAAGUGGAAUAGAACAAUCGUGUUAUUGGCUCAUGUGGUACCGAGAAAGCCGAGUCCAAGUGGGCCGUCGCCUCGUAGGGCUGAUGGUUGGGGAUGAGAAAAAGUGCUGCCUAGAGCAACACGUCUGUUCGCCCUGUCGUAUUGCAAAAUUACCAAGUACACCUGUAGUAUUCAACGCAAGGGGGACUGACAAUCCCUGCCAGAACAGUAUGUACUUUCAAUGCUUGACGGAGCUUUUUCCAGUGGAGUGACAGGAGACUUUCCACGCGUUCCAAUCCGUGGUUCUGUUCAAGGGGCAACCGUUAAUUUUAGAAUCAAUAAAGGGCGUUUCAAUGAGCCAAUAAUAGAACAAUGCUUCUUUAUUUAAUGCUGCCACAAAGGGGCUUGUAUUGCAUGUAUUGGGUAUUGAACAUUGAAUUUAUGUAUGUUUGUAUUUAGAUAC